GGAAUAGGAAUCAGAGCAGCCAAGUGCUAGACCGAAAAAGGGAGCAAGAAAAACCGAAACAGAAACAGCGCCACGCACACCGAUCGUCGAAUCGAAAAGCUUUCGGGGUCUUACGGGAUCCAUGGGUAUCAAGUUGCCCCGUAUAAAAGGCAAGUUUACCGGUUGCACGGUUCAGAACGGCUUUCGAGCGCGGAAGUUUUGGGCUCACGACGCGAUUAACAAAGAAAUUUUGAAAAGUCCCAAUAUUAUUUUUCGAGUUUUUAAGUUUCUAAACGAAAUUUAAGCAAGAUGCCGAAGCCAGUCGCAAAUCAGGAGGAUGAGGAUCCCACCCCAUACCUGUUCGUGUCUUUGGAGCAAAGGCGUAUCGAUCAAUCGAAACCCUAUGACUCGAAGAAGUCUUGCUGGAUCCCCGACGAGAAGGAGGGUUAUCUCCUUGGUGAGAUCAAGGCCACCAAGGGCGAUAUCGUCUCCGUUGGUCUGCAGGGUGGAGAGACACGAGACUUAAAGAAAGAUCUGCUCCAGCAAGUGAACCCCCCGAAAUACGAAAAAGCCGAGGAUAUGUCCAACUUGACAUACCUUAACGAUGCCUCUGUGCUCCAUAACUUGAGACAGAGAUACUACAACAAGCUGAUCUACACCUACUCCGGUCUUUUCUGCGUUGCCAUCAAUCCUUACAAGCGUUACCCCGUGUAUACCAACCGUUGCGCUAAGAUGUACCGUGGCAAGCGCCGUAAUGAGGUGCCACCCCAUAUUUUCGCCAUCUCUGACGGUGCCUACGUCGACAUGUUGACCAACCACGUGAAUCAAUCUAUGUUGAUCACCGGUGAGUCUGGUGCCGGAAAGACUGAGAACACCAAGAAGGUCAUUGCGUACUUCGCCACUGUUGGUGCCUCCAAGAAGACCGAUGAGGCCGCCAAGAGCAAGGGCUCCCUGGAAGAUCAGGUUGUGCAGACCAACCCUGUGCUUGAGGCCUUCGGUAACGCCAAGACCGUGCGUAACGAUAACUCCUCUCGUUUCGGUAAAUUCAUCCGUAUCCACUUCGGACCCACUGGUAAACUGGCUGGUGCUGAUAUUGAGACCUAUCUGCUGGAGAAGGCUCGUGUCAUCUCCCAGCAGUCCCUGGAGCGUUCCUACCACAUCUUCUACCAGAUCAUGUCUGGCUCCGUUCCCGGUGUUAAAGAGAUGUGCUUCCUCUCCGAUAACAUUUACGACUACUAUAACGUAUCCCAGGGUAAAGUAACUGUACCCAACAUGGAUGACGGUGAGGAAUUCCAGCUUGCAGAUCAAGCCUUCGACAUCUUGGGCUUCACCAAGCAGGAGAAGGAGGACGUGUACAGGAUCACCGCCGCUGUCAUGCACAUGGGUGGCAUGAAGUUCAAGCAACGUGGUCGCGAGGAGCAGGCUGAGCAGGACGGCGAGGAGGAGGGUGGCCGUGUGUCGAAGCUGUUCGGUUGCGAUACCGCCGAGCUGUACAAGAACUUGCUGAAGCCCCGCAUCAAGGUCGGCAACGAGUUCGUCACCCAGGGCCGUAACGUCCAGCAGGUCACCAACUCGAUCGGUGCCCUCUGCAAGGGUGUGUUCGAUCGUCUGUUCAAGUGGCUGGUGAAGAAGUGUAACGAGACUCUGGAUACCCAGCAGAAGCGUCAGCACUUCAUUGGUGUACUGGAUAUUGCUGGUUUUGAGAUCUUCGAGUACAACGGCUUCGAGCAAUUGUGUAUUAACUUCACCAAUGAGAAACUGCAGCAGUUCUUUAACCAUAUCAUGUUCGUCAUGGAGCAAGAGGAAUACAAGAAGGAGGGUAUUAACUGGGACUUUAUCGAUUUCGGUAUGGACUUGCUGGCCUGUAUCGAUCUGAUUGAAAAGCCCAUGGGUAUCUUGUCCAUCCUGGAGGAAGAGUCUAUGUUCCCCAAGGCCACCGAUCAGACCUUCUCGGAGAAGCUGACCAACACCCAUUUGGGCAAGUCGGCUCCAUUCCAGAAGCCCAAGCCUCCAAAGCCCGGUCAGCAGGCUGCCCACUUCGCCAUUGCCCAUUAUGCUGGUUGUGUGUCCUACAACAUCACCGGUUGGUUGGAGAAGAACAAGGAUCCUCUGAACGACACCGUUGUCGACCAGUUCAAGAAGUCGCAGAACAAGCUGCUGAUCGAAAUCUUCGCCGAUCACGCCGGUCAGUCGGGUGGCGGUGAACAGGCCAAGGGAGGUCGUGGCAAGAAGGGCGGUGGCUUCGCUACCGUCUCGUCGGCCUACAAGGAGCAGUUGAACAGCUUGAUGACCACUCUGCGUUCGACCCAGCCUCACUUCGUCCGUUGCAUCAUUCCCAACGAAAUGAAGCAGCCUGGCGUGGUUGAUGCCCACUUGGUCAUGCACCAGCUGACCUGUAACGGUGUGCUUGAAGGUAUCCGUAUUUGCCGUAAGGGCUUCCCCAACAGGAUGAUGUACCCUGACUUCAAGAUGCGUUACAUGAUUCUGGCUCCUGCCAUCAUGGCGGCCGAAAAGGUGGCCAAGAAUGCUGCCGGAAAGUGCUUGGAAGCCGUCGGACUGGAUCCCGAUAUGUACCGCAUUGGUCACACCAAGGUGUUCUUCCGCGCCGGUGUCCUGGGUCAGAUGGAGGAGUUCCGUGAUGAGCGUCUGGGCAAGAUCAUGUCCUGGAUGCAGGCAUGGGCCCGUGGUUACCUGUCCCGUAAGGGCUUCAAGAAGCUCCAGGAACAGCGCGUCGCCCUCAAGGUUGUCCAGCGCAAUCUGCGCAAGUACCUGCAGCUCCGUACCUGGCCCUGGUACAAACUGUGGCAGAAGGUCAAGCCCCUCCUCAACGUCAGCCGCAUCGAGGAUGAGAUUGCCCGUCUGGAGGAGAAGGCCAAGAAGGCUGAGGAACUGCAUGCCGCUGAAGUGAAGGUGCGCAAGGAGCUCGAGGCCCUCAACGCCAAGCUUUUGGCUGAGAAGACCGCUCUGCUGGACUCCCUGUCCGGCGAGAAGGGUGCCCUGCAGGACUACCAGGAGCGCAACGCCAAGUUGACCGCCCAGAAGAACGACCUCGAGAACCAGCUGCGCGAUAUCCAAGAGCGCCUGACUCAGGAGGAGGAUGCCCGCAACCAGCUGUUCCAGCAGAAGAAGAAGGCCGAUCAGGAGAUCUCUGGCCUGAAGAAGGACAUCGAGGAUCUGGAAUUGAACGUCCAGAAGGCCGAGCAGGACAAGGCCACCAAGGAUCACCAGAUCCGCAACUUGAACGACGAGAUCGCCCACCAGGAUGAGCUCAUCAACAAGUUGAACAAGGAGAAGAAGAUGCAGGGAGAGACCAACCAGAAGACCGGUGAGGAGCUCCAGGCCGCCGAGGACAAGAUCAACCACUUGAACAAGGUUAAGGCCAAGCUCGAGCAGACCCUCGAUGAACUGGAGGAUUCGCUGGAGCGCGAGAAGAAGGUGCGCGGCGAUGUUGAGAAGUCCAAGCGCAAGGUUGAGGGCGACCUCAAGCUCACCCAGGAGGCUGUUGCCGAUCUGGAGCGCAACAAGAAGGAGCUCGAGCAGACCAUCCAGCGCAAGGACAAGGAGCUGUCCUCCAUCACCGCCAAGCUCGAGGACGAGCAGGUCGUUGUUCUGAAGCACCAGCGCCAGAUCAAGGAACUGCAGGCCCGCAUCGAGGAGCUCGAGGAAGAGGUCGAGGCUGAGCGCCAGGCCCGCGCCAAGGCUGAGAAGCAGCGCGCCGAUCUGGCCCGCGAACUCGAGGAAUUGGGCGAGCGUCUGGAGGAGGCUGGCGGUGCCACCUCUGCCCAGAUUGAGCUCAACAAGAAGCGUGAGGCUGAGUUGAGCAAACUGCGUCGCGAUCUUGAGGAGGCCAACAUCCAGCACGAGUCCACCCUGGCUAACCUGCGCAAGAAGCACAACGAUGCCGUCGCCGAGAUGGCCGAGCAGGUUGAUCAGCUCAACAAGCUGAAGGCUAAGGCUGAACACGAUCGCCAGACUUGCCACAACGAGCUGAAUCAGACUCGUACCGCCUGCGAUCAGCUGGGUCGCGAUAAGGCUGCCCAGGAGAAGAUCGCCAAGCAGCUGCAGCACACCCUCAACGAGGUGCAGUCGAAACUGGACGAGACCAACAGGACUCUGAACGACUUCGAUGCCAGCAAGAAGAAGCUGUCCAUUGAGAACUCCGAUCUGCUCCGCCAGCUGGAGGAGGCCGAGUCCCAGGUGUCUCAGCUGUCCAAGAUCAAGAUCUCUCUGACCACCCAGUUGGAGGACACCAAGCGUCUGGCCGACGAGGAGUCGCGCGAGCGUGCCACCCUUUUGGGCAAGUUCCGCAACUUGGAGCACGACCUGGACAAUCUGCGCGAGCAGGUUGAGGAGGAGGCUGAGGGCAAGGCCGAUCUGCAGCGCCAGCUGAGCAAGGCCAACGCUGAGGCCCAGGUGUGGCGCAGCAAGUACGAGUCCGAUGGCGUUGCCCGCUCUGAGGAGCUGGAGGAAGCCAAGAGGAAGCUGCAGGCCCGUUUGGCCGAGGCCGAGGAGACCAUCGAGUCCCUCAACCAGAAGUGCAUUGGCCUGGAGAAGACCAAGCAGCGUCUGUCCACCGAGGUGGAGGAUCUGCAGCUGGAGGUCGACCGUGCCAACGCCAUUGCCAACGCUGCCGAGAAGAAGCAGAAGGCCUUCGACAAGAUCAUCGGCGAGUGGAAGCUCAAGGUCGACGAUCUGGCUGCUGAGCUGGAUGCCUCCCAGAAGGAGUGCCGCAACUACUCCACCGAGCUGUUCCGUCUUAAGGGCGCCUACGAGGAGGGCCAGGAGCAGUUGGAGGCUGUGCGUCGUGAGAACAAGAACCUGGCCGAUGAGGUCAAGGAUCUGCUCGACCAGAUCGGUGAGGGUGGCCGCAACAUCCAUGAGAUCGAGAAGGCCCGCAAGCGCCUGGAAGCCGAGAAGGACGAGCUCCAGGCUGCCCUCGAGGAGGCUGAGGCCGCUCUUGAGCAGGAGGAGAACAAGGUGCUCCGCGCUCAGCUUGAGCUGUCCCAGGUGCGCCAGGAGAUCGACCGCCGCAUCCAGGAGAAGGAGGAGGAGUUCGAGAACACCCGCAAGAACCACCAGCGUGCCCUCGACUCCAUGCAGGCUUCCCUCGAAGCCGAGGCCAAGGGCAAGGCUGAGGCCCUGCGCAUGAAGAAGAAGCUGGAGGCUGACAUCAACGAGCUUGAGAUUGCUCUGGAUCACGCCAACAAGGCUAACGCCGAGGCCCAGAAGAACAUCAAGCGUUACCAGCAGCAGCUGAAGGACAUCCAGACUGCCCUCGAGGAGGAGCAGCGCGCCCGCGACGAUGCCCGCGAACAGCUGGGUAUCUCCGAGCGUCGUGCAAACGCCCUCCAGAACGAACUGGAGGAGUCUCGCACUCUGCUGGAACAGGCCGACCGUGGCCGUCGCCAGGCCGAACAGGAGCUGGCCGAUGCCCACGAGCAGCUGAACGAAGUGUCCGCCCAGAACGCCUCCAUCUCCGCUGCCAAGAGGAAGCUGGAGUCCGAGCUGCAGACCCUGCACUCCGACCUGGACGAACUCCUGAACGAAGCCAAGAACUCCGAGGAGAAGGCCAAGAAGGCUAUGGUCGAUGCCGCCCGCCUGGCCGAUGAGCUCCGCGCUGAGCAGGAUCAUGCCCAGACCCAGGAGAAAUUGAGGAAGGCCCUCGAGCAGCAGAUCAAGGAGCUGCAGGUCCGUCUGGACGAGGCUGAGGCCAACGCCCUCAAGGGAGGCAAGAAGGCCAUUCAGAAGCUUGAGCAGCGCGUCCGCGAGCUCGAGAACGAGCUGGAUGGUGAGCAGAGGAGGCACGCCGAUGCCCAGAAGAACCUGCGCAAGUCCGAGCGUCGCGUCAAGGAGCUGAGCUUCCAGUCCGAGGAGGACCGCAAGAACCACGAGCGCAUGCAGGAUCUGGUCGACAAGCUGCAACAGAAGAUCAAGACAUACAAGAGGCAGAUCGAGGAGGCUGAGGAAAUCGCCGCCCUCAACUUGGCCAAAUUCCGCAAGGCUCAGCAGGAGCUUGAGGAGGCCGAGGAGCGCGCCGAUCUGGCCGAGCAGGCCAUCAGCAAAUUCCGCGCCAAGGGACGUGCCGGUUCUGUCGGUCGUGGUGCCAGCCCAGCGAUCUAAGCCUGAGGCAUCACCAUCGAAUAAAAAAUCUAUAUAGCGAUCCAAUUAUGGUUCAUUUACGAUAAUGAGAGAACAAAAACCAUGCAAAGAGAAUUAUAGCUUAUAAGAAUUAUUAUAAAAUAAAUACUAAUAACAAUAAUAUAGAUGCAUCACAUGACAUUCGCUAGCAGACAAAAAUGUAUAAAUUAGAGGCCACCCCAAUCAAAAAUCAAUGGAUCAAUUCAUCGAAUACCAACCAAGAAUGCGUUCAUUUUGACAGAAAACCAGACAAAAAGCCAAAAAAAUAUUGCAAAUAAAAAAGCAAGCAACCAACGCAGCACCAGGCUAAAUCAAUCGAAAUGCUUUCUUUACCACUAUUUACAAAAAAGAGAAAAAACAAUACUAUUCUUCCACUAUAUUAUUAUAAACUGUAUUUGUACAUGUGUACUGCAGCCGACAGCGUCAAAGGGCCGCAAGAGCGCGCUGCUGGAGCAGUAGAAACUUUCUUGAAACAUUUCCCCGUGCGACGUCCGUUAGGCCACAAUUCGACGGAUUGGCCUUCCCACCAAGAUUCGACCUUGCUCCUGAAAACGAAUUCUAAAUGCCAUUUCAUUUUUUAAUUUAUUUUAAAUGAUAUUUCAUAAUGAUUAUGUUUAUGAUUUUAAUUUAAUUUCUUAAUUUAAAAACAAAAUAAUAAAACUAUAACAAAAUAAAUAUCGAAAACGACGGGAGGCAAACCACCAACAACGCCAGAUGCACUUAGGCAAAAAAAUAAAAUCAUAUAACAACAAUCGAUCACCAUCGAUUAGCAUACAUAAUACAUAAGUGAUCAGUAACAGGCUAUUGUGUAAGCGCGACAUUUGCCAUGGGGACACUGCUCGCUGGACCUGUAUUUGUAUUUGUAUUUAUAUAUUUUUAUACAACUUUCGAAAUGCAUUCAACCAACUAACUAUGAAAGAACCAUCGACUCUCAACCGAACAACAUGAGAAUAAUCGCGAAACGUGAGCCCCGUCAAAAUGAAGGCCCCGCGGAGGUGUCCGCCGGUAAAUGUCGCCCGCAGUUCGAAUAUUUUGCUCUAUAUGUACUCCCAAUAUUGUUUGUCAUGCAGACCAGACAAGACUUACGGACGACACGAGCUACACACUGCGCUUAUGUUUAUGUUUAACUCUGACUCUAUCUAACAAUGAUAGGGAGAUAAGAUCAUCACUUGACACUAAAUGAAAAGUAUACAAAAAAGGAACAAAAUAAAUGUAAAUCAAUUU